UUCAAAGGAGGAAACAUGGCGGAAAACAAAGGAGGCGGCGGCGCGGACGGGCCCGCGGAGGAGGCGGCGGCGGGCGGCGGCGGAGGGGCCGGCCCCGAGCCCGCGCCCGCCGCGUCCCCGCCCCCGGCCCCGCCCGGCGCCGCGCCCGGCCCCGCCGCCGACGAGCGCCGCAGCCCCGAGCGCGGCCCCGGCGAGGCCGAAGCGGAGGCCGCGCCCGGCCCCGCGCCCCCCGCGCCCGCCGCCGCCGCCGCCGCGCCCGGCCCCAGCCCCGUGCCCCCGCUGACGCCGGCGGCGGCGGGGGGCCCCGGCGCGGGCGCGGGCGCGGGGCCGGGGGGCGCGGGCGCGCUGUCGCUGCUGGACACCUGCGCCGUGUGCGCGCAGAGCCUGCAGAGCCGGCGCGAGGCCGAGCCCAAGCUGCUGCCCUGCCUGCACUCCUUCUGCCGCCGCUGCCUGCCCGCGCCCGAGCGCCAGCUCAGCGUGCCCCUGCCCGGCGGCGCCAACGGCGACGUGCAGCAAGUUGGUGUCAUCAGGUGUCCAAUAUGCCGCCAAGAAUGCAGACAAAUCGACCUUGUGGACAACUACUUUGUGAAGGACACAUCAGAAGCACCGAGUAGCUCUGAUGAAAAGUCAGAACAGGUGUGUACCAGUUGUGAAGAUAAUUCUAGUGCUGUUGGUUUUUGUGUGGAGUGUGGGGAAUGGCUGUGCAAGACGUGCAUAGAAGCUCAUCAGCGAGUAAAAUUUACUAAAGAUCAUAUGAUCAGAAAGAAAGAGGAUGUCUCUUCAGAGGCCGUGGGAGCAUCCGGUCAGCGUCCUGUUUUCUGUCCUGUCCACAAACAAGAACAGUUAAAACUUUUCUGUGAAACAUGUGACAGACUGACAUGCAGAGACUGUCAGUUAUUGGAACACAAAGAACACAGGUAUCAGUUUUUGGAAGAAGCAUUUCAGAAUCAGAAAGGUGCAAUUGAGAAUCUGCUAGCCAAACUUCUUGAAAAGAAGAAUUAUGUUAAUUUUGCAGCUACUCAAGUCCAGAAUAGGAUAAAAGAAGUAAAUGAAACUAAUAAACGAGUAGAACAAGAAAUCAAAGUGGCCAUUUUCACCCUCAUCAAUGAGAUCAAUAAAAAGGGAAAAUCUCUCUUACAGCAGCUUGAGAAUGUGACGAAGGAGAGACAGAUGAAGUUAAUACAGCAGCAGAAUGACAUAACUGGUCUUUCACGGCAGGUGAAGCACGUGAUGAACUUUACUAAUUGGGCCAUUGCAAGUGGCAGUAGCACUGCACUACUCUACAGCAAGCGGCUGAUUACAUUCCAGUUGCGCCAUAUUUUAAAGGCACGUUGUGAUCCUGUCCCGGCUGCCAACGGAGCAAUACGCUUCCAUUGUGACCCCACGUUCUGGGCAAAGAACGUUGUCAAUUUAGGUAAUCUUGUUAUUGAAAAUAAAGCAUCCCCUGGUUACACUCCAAAUGUGGUCGUUGGACAGGCUCCUCCAGGAACAAAUCACAUCAGCAAAGCCCCAGGACAAAUUAAUCUAGCACAGCUUCGGCUUCAGCAUAUGCAGCAGCAGGUGUAUGCACAAAAACAUCAGCAGUUGCAACAAAUGAGAAUGGGACAACCAGCUGGCCCAGUCCCUAGGCAGACAGGCCCGCAAAUGUUACAGCAACAGCCUCCCAGGUUGAUCAGCAUGCAGACCAUGCAGAGGGGGAACAUGAACUGCGGGGCUUUCCAGGCGCACCAGAUGAGAAUGGCUCAGAACGCUGCACGCAUACCGGGAAUACCGCGCCACAAUGGACCACAGUACUCCAUGAUGCAGCCUCACCUUCAAAGACAACAUUCUAAUCCAGGGCAUGCAGGACCUUUUCCAGUUGUUUCAGUGCACAACAACACUAUCAAUCCCACCAGUCCUACAACAGCUACAAUGGCAAAUGCAAACCGUGGUCCAACAAGUCCAUCUGUUACAGCAAUAGAACUCAUUCCUUCAGUGACAAAUCCAGAGAAUCUCCCUUCCCUGCCAGAUAUCCCACCCAUUCAGCUGGAAGACGCUGGAUCAAGUAGCUUGGAUAACCUACUCAGCAGGUACAUCUCAGGCAGUCACCUGCCCCCUCAGCCAACGAGCACCAUGAACCCUUCCCCGGGGCCCUCAGCCCUGUCUCCAGGAUCAUCAGGGUUAUCGAAUUCCCACACCCCAGUGAGGCCGCCUAGCACCUCUAGCACGGGCAGCAGGGGGAGCUGUGGAUCAUCAGGCAGAACUGCUGAGAAGACGGGCAUUACUUUCAAGUCUGACCAAGUGAAAGUCAAGCAGGAGCCUGGGACGGAGGAAGAGAUAUGUAGUUUCUCAGGAGCAGUGAAGCAAGAAAAAACAGAGGAUGGCAGAAGGAGCGCAUGCAUGCUUAGCAGUCCCGAGAGCAGCCUGACACCACCUCUGUCUGCGAACUUGCAUCUGGAAAGCGAGUUGGAAUCUUUGGGGAGUCUUGAAAACCAUGUAAAAGCUGAACCAGCAGAUUUAAGUGAAAGCUGCAAGCAAUCUGGGCAUAGUCUGGUAAAUGGGAAAUCCCCAGUAAGAAGUCUAAUGCAUCGGUCUGCACGAGUGGGAGAAGGCGGCAACAACAAGGAGGAUGAUCCGAAUGAAGAUUGGUGUGCCGUAUGCCAAAAUGGAGGGGAUCUCUUAUGUUGUGAAAAGUGCCCAAAGGUGUUUCACCUCACUUGUCACGUACCGACACUUCUCAGCUUCCCCAGUGGGGAGUGGAUAUGUACGUUCUGCAGAGAUCUGAGCAAACCUGAAGUAGAAUAUGAUUGUGACAAUUUGCAACAUAGUAAGAAGGGGAAAACAGCACAAGGCUUAAGUCCGGUGGACCAAAGGAAAUGUGAACGUCUCCUGCUUUACUUAUAUUGCCACGAGCUGAGCAUUGAAUUCCAAGAGCCAGUGCCCGCCUCGAUACCAAACUACUAUAAAAUUAUAAAGAAACCAAUGGAUUUAUCAACGGUGAAAAAGAAGCUGCAGAAAAAACAUUCCCAACACUACCAAACUCCUGAGGAUUUUGUGGCAGAUGUCCGGCUGAUCUUCAAGAACUGUGAAAGGUUUAACGAAAUGAUGAAAGUUGUUCAAGUUUAUGCAGAAACACAAGAGAUUAAUUUGAAGGCUGAUUCAGAAGUAGCGCAGGCAGGGAAGGCAGUUGCAUUGUACUUUGAAGAUAAACUUACAGAGAUCUACCCAGACAGGACCUUCCAACCUUUGCCUGAGUUUGAACAGGAAGAGGACGAUGGUGAAAUAACGGAGGACUCCGAUGAAGAUUUUAUACAGCCGCGUAGAAAACGUCUAAAAUCAGAUGAGAGACCAGUGCAUAUAAAGUAAUCUGAUAAUAUGGACCUAAACUUAUUGUAAAAACUGUUAUUUAAGUGUUCCCGGAAUAAUAUCAUGCCUACAGUGGCCAUCUUGAAGAAGCUGAUAGCUUUUAGACAGUAUUAGAUUACAAAGCAACAUUUGUACAGAAAAACGUUCUUGUCAAAACGGGGAAAACCUGUAUUGUAUUUUUGGGGGAUUUUUUUUUUUUGGUUUUUGGAUUACUUGGAAUUUCCUUUUCUUUUCCUGUGAAGAUUCUCUCUCGGCCUGUCCUCACAGAUAGAGGUGGGCGAAUGCUGAGAGAGGUGCAGACUUGAGAGGGCACUCCUUGUACAGAUAAGUGGACUGUUGCACUGCUUAAUACAUUUUCUGCAAGACUGGACCCAUUUGGUUACUGUAUCUCUCACGCUGGACUGCAGGCUAAACUGUAAGAGAUGUGGCUAGCAAUCCCCUCUUGUGUGAAAUGGAGUGCGAAUUAGAUCACUGAUUUGAUCAACUUCUCAUUUAAAUGGUGUUGUGAGUGACUGACCUUCUGUGUUGAUCCAGAUAUCUAGAGUAUGCCGCCUUUCCAGCAUUUUAUGUACAGAAACAUCACGAUCAUUAAACCGUUCUGACCUGGCAAGUGCAGCAGUGUGAGUUCUUAAUACAUACAGGACUAGGUCUGGCUGUAACAAGUGCUUCUUGGUAGGGUCCAUUUAUAGGUAUUAAUGGAGUCCAAUGUACGGAGCAUGUACGCGUACUUCUUUUUUGGAAUUCAUAGGAUUUUUUGUCUCUUCCUAAUCCCCCCAAGAGGCAGAAUGUAUUCAAUUUUUGUUACCUAGAUUUCUGUACUUACAAAUUUAGACUGAGAAGGUAAUAACUGGUGGUUUUCCAGUCUUCCUAAAUAUCAGUUUCUGAGAGACCGCUAUUGGCAAACAAUAACCUGUUGACUACCAAAUGUGUAAAAUUUCCUGUAUUCACUUUGUCUUAUUUGUAAAUAGUGGAUUGAAAAUUCCUGCAGAUCAGCAACAUUUGUUGAGCUGUUUUUAAGCUAAUGUGUAUUCUUACUAAUUGUUCCUAUCAAGAACGGAUUUGUAAUAUAUGCUGUUUCUAACAUUGCAUUCAUAUGGAGGUUCUAUCUUAUUUUUAUUAGAGAACUACUCGAAACUUUCUUCGGAAGCAGCUUAUGAGUGAAAUGUCUAGAAAGAUUGGAAGAAACCUGUUGGGACUGGGUUACUUGCCUUCCAUGACACGGAGUUACUUGCACAGACCACGGUUUAAAUAGAGCGGCUUCUGGUCAGAUGUCGAAAACAGAUCAGUCCCCAGCCAAACUCUGUAUGCAGUGGGCAUCUCUGCAGCGCCUUUCCACAGCACACUGCCUCGAUUGCAGCAUUUGUGGGUAGAGAUGCCUUCUUGACAAAGUAGUUAAACUUUGGACAGCUAAACUUCCUCCUUUUACUGGCCUGCUCUUUAAGGACUAGCACCGAGAAAUGGGAUUUCUAGCCCUUGUACAGUCGUACAGUCUUCUGUUGGAACAAGAUGAAAAAGUCCUGUGUAAAGAGACAAGAUCGAGGUGCCCAAAAUGCAGAUUUGCCAUGACAUUUUGUGUGAAUGAAACAGAAAUGUGGCAAAUAGUCAAGGGGUUUUUUGGUUUGUUUGUUUUUUUUUUUUUCAUUUUUUCUUUUCAGCAUGAGAAACUAUUCAUAGCAUAUAAAGAAAGAUUUGACUUAACCAUAUGAUAGAGGUAAAUAUUUUAGCACAAAAUCUAUUGAAUCAACAAAUGAUGCUCUUAAGAAAUCUUUAUGCAAAUCACUUAGGUUAAUUUUGUUUGUAUACCGUCCGAACACGAAUGCAUACAGCAUGUGACUAAAUCCUUUCUCAACCCCAGAAAGGGUUUGAAGGUGCUUACAGCUUUGGCUCACUUCCUUAGGUUACCUUAAACAUUGCACUUAAAGGAUCAAGCAGAAUUUUGAUUUUGUCCUUUACUUUCAAGUGGUAAUGUUUUUCCGAAGGAUUUUGUCCAGUAAAUUGUAAUCGUAAAUAGUUUGCAUCCUAAUCAAAAAGAACGGCUAAUUUGAAAACACGCCAGCGUCUGCUCUUAGAGAAGCAUGAGUGGGGUGAAUGGGAAGUUCUGAUCCGUAAGUAAAACUGGAUUAUUUAAUGACUGUACACUCGUCACCUGUUCAUGCAUUUCUAGAUUCUCUCUUAGCUUUGCCGAUUGGAACGGGAUUUGUACUAUUAAGCGUACAGCGGACAAGGUUUUCUGAGUUCUCUUCAGUUGGGUUUGCUAGUUUUUAUGGCUCGUGUAAGCACUCUAGUUUCUGCAGAUGUUGUUUUAAAAUGUUAAGACUUGUCCUGCCCAGGCUGAUUCUGCUCCCCUGUAACAGGUAGACAAUUCACUCUGGUCCAGACCUUUUGUAAUGGUGUAAAUUAGCCUUGAUUCCAUUAGUGAGUCUGAAACCCCAGCUGUGAUCCUGGUUACAGGUGAAGCUUUUUUUCUUGCACAUUACCCCGAAAACUUCCUUUCUUGUCUUCAGAAUACAAUAAAGAUGACCAUUUAUGUGAGAUCUCAAGCCGCGUGCCAGAAAUCUCAAGCGUUUCCCUUCACGUCUGUGUACAGAGAAAUGGGUGAGACUAGCGCGUCCGAGAGGAUUUUCGUUGUUGUUCGGUUGGUUGUUCCCUUUUGGAAGUCCAGAUCCGAUAGUCCGGUAGCUGUUCGUAGUUAGCUAGGGUCCAUUCAGGCAGGGUCCUAACAGACGUUUCAACUACGUCGAUACGCUGCUUUCCCCCUUAGACCGUGACGGUAAAUGGAUCUUAGGAACUGGUCAGAGUUGGCUCAGCCAAAACGGGUUUUGUGCCACGUUGCAUCCGUUUUGCUCGAUAGCAAGCGAUUGUUUUUGUAUCCGUGGCACGACGCGUUGGUUGGAGCGAUUGCUGACGGUUGAGGGAUGUUGGGAUGGACAAGGUGCCGUACAGCGGGGGAGAGCCGUGUCGCAGAGGCCAGGCAGGCGUGUCGCGUGGUUUCUCUGCGCAGCUGCCGUGUCCCAGCGUGAUAGCAAGAAGUUAAGUCUGGUACUUGAUGCCGUUAUACGCUUGGAUUUGAAACUGUCUUGUAAAGAAAAAAAGUAUCGUUCACGUCUCACCCUUUUUGUUGUAAAUGGUCCUGACGUUUAAGUUAAUCCAAAGAAGUAAAAGGCAACUGGCUUUGAACCAGGAGUGAAAAGUGUACAGUGUGCUAAUUGUGGACUUCUCGAUUACCUCAGCAGGUAUCCUGCCAUGUAAUUACUAGUGAUUAGUGUUAAUUUAACCAGCUAAAUAGGUUCAGGUCUCUUACUUAACUGUGCCCUGGAAUUAAGUGGCCUAACAUAUGUUGUAUUAAGGCUGAGUUCCUAUCCAAAAAAGGGUGUUCCCCUAACUUUUAAAGAUAGAAAUGCUCUGUUACAUGUAGAUAGCUUGUUUUUGUGAAAUGUCACCAGUACUACUAGUUGUGGCAUUUGCUGUGUGUCCGCAUACUCAACACUGGAUCCGGGAGAUGUUUUAUAAACAUUUCUGCAAGCCACUCGAACGAACAGAAAUCUUCGACAUUAACCCGCCCCUGCCCUUCAGUUGUAUAACCUAGUUUUAGCUGAUCCUACUUAAGCUUAAGUGAUGGCAACAGUGUUUUAAAGUUGCGUGUAUGAUGUACUGGAUGUAGGCUUUUUCCUUGUUUUUCUUAUUCUCUUCCUUGGAAAAAAGCAAUAAAACUGCUUUGUCUGUUGCCUAUUAGCAUGACAGGAGUCCUUUCCUUUGGAUAGUGGUUUUAUAGGAAAGUUUGUAUGCAUAUCACCAAGUCUAGCUUUUAAAAAUAAAGUGUGCAGGAGUUAUUGACAAUAUAGUGUGGCAUUUUAUUUUAAAAAUUGGGGAAAGUUAACAUAUUUUUUUAAAAAGUAGGCGUUUGAGUAAAUAAUGGAGGUACUUUUUUAAAAAAAAAUUUAUAUGCCACAGUUUACAUAGACAUAUUUCAGACUAAACCUAUACAGUACAUUGUAAUUUUGGAGGUGGUGAUUUCUUUUAUUUUGUCAAAAUGCAUGUACAGAAACUCUUCCAUCUUAGUUCCUUGCGUUGGCUGAAGGGGUCUUCUUUAUAUGCUGCUUUAACAGCAUCUGAAUCAAAAUAGUUUUACAAAUUGCAGGUCAUUUGGAUAUCUGUAUCGUAACUGACCUAUCCAACGUGCAAAAUGCAGGUUUGCCCUUUUCUACUGAGUGAUCUUUACAGCGAAAGGCUGCUUUCUUUCAGGCUGGUAGAUGCGUGCAAGAAAGGGUACUAAAAAGAACCGUGCACGUCUGACUUGUUGCGGCAUUCCCUGGAGAGGGUGACCUAAAUUUCAAAGAAAGCGAAAGAAGAAAAGAAAAUGCAUGUCUGCUAGUGGCCUGCGAACGCAGGGAUUUCUCAAGUUCAAGACACCACGAAACAUGUACAUAAGCCUAUAACGAUUUGUGCAAUUGAAAGCCUGUUUUAAUUUUCUAUGUAAACCUACUCAUGGAAGGGUUAAAUUCGCGGCAGUUUGGGAUUCUUUCUUGCUUCCAGUAACUAAACUGGUACUUUUUUGCACAUAGGUAACUUUGCUCAUCCUUCAAUAUGAUUCUUCAAAAAGUGCUGUUUCUGUGGUAUUGUAUUACCUGAAUAAUCAUAUUUAACUUUUUUUAACAAGGUUACAGUUUCUAAUUGUUCCGUUCCUGUGUUUUUUGCUGGUGUGUAAUAAAGGCAAGAUUUUUUUUUUUCUUUUCUUGGUUAUUUAAUACAUUAGCUGCCUGUAAAUAUUUCUUGUUAAAUGCUCUGGAAUGUGGUGUAGAAGUUGUAUUAGAUCAGUUUAAAGCAUUGUUUGAAAACCACUUUGUUUUGGUUAUUUCUAUUAAACUAGAAAAAAGGGAA